AUGGACCCAGAUGCGUCUCAUCCGGAGAUAUGGCUUUGGAAUCCUGUUGCUGCUAUUGCCAUUGACCUGGGACUCGGCUCCGUGUCCGUUUUUUUCGAUAUUAACGGCGAUCGGGAUGACGAUUACAUCUUGCUCCGCCUCAACUGUGGCACAGCCAUCUAUCGAAAUGUUUGA